AUUCUUUUUAAGACCAUUUUAACUUUUAAAUAUGCUAGAAUCACCCAUUUUUAAUGUAAACCAUGCAGGGCUUACAUUUGAUUUUGAAGAAUUCAUUAAGAACGAACUUGGUUUAAAACUCGAUAAUCAGACCAAACGAGAAGAUGAACCCAUUUGUAAAUACUAUCUAAAAGGAACUUGCACAAAAGGCUCCAACUGUCAAUUUAGACACAAGGGAUACGAUCGUGACAAGUCUGUUGUCUGUAAACAUUGGCUGCGUGGACUGUGUAAGAAGGGCGAUGGGUGUGAGUUUUUGCAUGUGUUCAACAUGAAGAAGAUGCCGGAAUGUUGGUUUUAUUCAAAGUAUGGUGAAUGUUGUAAUGGAGACGAGUGCAUGUACCUUCAUAUUGAUCCCGAGAGUAAGCAAAAGGAAUGCCCCUGGUAUGCGCGUGGAUUUUGUAAACAUGGGCCUAAUUGCCGUAAUAAACAUGUCCGAAAGCUUGUGUGUCAGAAUUACCUGACAGGCUUCUGUCCUGAUGGUCUCAACUGUCCUAAUGGCCAUCCUAAAUAUGAAUUACCAGUCAUGUAUAAUAAUCAAAACGAAGGAUCUGGAGAUCAACCAUCGCAACAGCCUUACCAGCAUAUCAACCAUAAUACCCAAGAUGAGGAUCAUCAUACAAAAUCGUUUAGCAGACAACCUCAUUUCCAACAAGGCACACAACAGCAACAGCAGCAACAAGGGGGACAACCAGGUAGUUUUAGAAAAUUAGAGGAUGUUACUUGUUACAAGUGUGGACAGCAAGGUCAUUACGCCAAUAGAUGUCAACAGGGACGACCUGGCCCACCUAAAUAAAACUCGAUGCUUGUUUCCUAAUUUCUGUAUGCAGAGACACAUCCAAUGAAUUAUUUGAAACAUUUUUUUUUUUUGUGGUGCAUAUGAGAUGCUGAAAUAAAUAUUUUUACGACAAC